AGAAAACAAAGGCAAAGAUUGGCUGGUAGAGGCGCGGCAGCUGAUUGGCGGGUUUGGAUGAGUGCAGAGUGGCAGGCUGAAGUGAAGGAGGGAAGCACGGCGCCCCACGAGUCCCAAAAAGGUGAAAUUCAGCAGCACAAUGGAUGAUUACCUGCGCAUUGAGAAGCUUGGGGAGGGAACCUACGGGGUGGUGUACAAGGCCAAGAACCGCAAGACUGGCCGCUUCGUUGCCAUGAAGAAGAUUCGCUUGGAGAAUGAGGAGGAGGGAGUGCCGUCCACUGCCAUCAGAGAGAUCUCUCUCUUGAAGGAGCUGCAGCACCCAAACAUUGUCAUGCUUGAGGACGUCCUGAUGGAGGAGAGCAAGCUUUUCCUUGUGUUUGAGUUCCUUAACAUGGACCUCAAGAAAUACAUGGACUCACUGCCAUCUGGGAAAUACAUUGACAAGAAGCUGGUCAAGUCAUACUGCUACCAGCUGUUCCAGGGCAUCUUGUUCUGCCACCAGCGGCGUGUCCUCCACAGGGAUCUCAAGCCCCAGAACCUGCUCAUCAAUGAACAAGGCGUCAUCAAGAUUGCCGACUUUGGUCUGGCUCGGGCGUUUGGCAUCCCUGUGCGGGUGUACACUCAUGAGGUAGUGACACUAUGGUACCGUGCCCCUGAGGUCCUCCUGGGAUCUGCUCGUUACUCCUGUCCUGUUGACGUGUGGUCCCUUGGGUGCAUCUUUGCCGAGAUGGUAACAAAACGCCCACUCUUCCACGGCGACUCUGAGAUUGAUCAACUUUUCCGGAUAUUCAGAACACUAACCACUCCCACUGAGGAGAACUGGCCUGGCGUAACACAGCUUCAGGACUACAAGACAAACUUUCCCAAGUGGACAGACUACAAUCUGGCCAACUCCGUCAAGCAGAUGGACAGUGAUGGCCUUGACUUGCUAUCAAAAACCCUCAUCUAUGACCCAACAAAGAGGAUAUCGGCCAAGGAGGCAUUGAAGCACCCUUACUUUGACGACCUGGACCGCUCCUCCCUGCCAGCCAACAUCUGAGGCCUCCGGUGCUUGUUGUCUGAAAGGGAGGUCACACAGGGGCUUCACUUCUGAGGCCUGCAAGUGUCCUGCCCUGCCUGCAUUCACCCUAGAUGUGCUAGACAUGCUGAGGAUCGGUAGCGUUUCCUGUGUGUCCUGUGCGUGGAUGUUCUUUGGUGACUGGUGUAUCUCAAGUUUGUGGAAGGGUUUGAUGAUUUUCUUCUAUCUGUCUGUCCACCUGUUUCUUUCUGUGUAUAUUUAUUCUGAUGUCUCAUCCUCAGAACUCCUCAGAAUUGUUUCUGUUCAUACGUUUUAGCCUUUGCAAAUUCAAGACCUCACAUUUCCUCUUUUCUCUCCAAUAUGGUGUGUUCUCCUACAGGGAAUCUUCCUUCAUACCCACAGCAACUACUGAAUUCAUCAAUCAUCCUUCUUGUAGUCUCCACGGCAGUUGGAGUUCCUUUGGUUUUAUUGCUUGUGAUGGAUACAAAUGGUGUAAAGCAGCCCAUUGAAGUCAGGUAUUUUUGUUUAGGAUAAAAUGCAGCUCUAUUGUGUUUGAAUCUUCUACUUGUGAUUCUUAGUCUCUCUCUUUUUUACAUGCAUGAAAUAUACACAUUUGUGUUUCUUAGUCUUUACUGUUUAUAAAGAUAUCUUUCCAGGUUCAGAAAAUUAUUCAGAAAAAUGUACCUAGUUACAUUCUUGUUUACAUCAGCAUCCAGCUGGAUACUUGAAAUUUGCACCGCUAACUCUUUAACAUUAAGUAGUAUUUAUGACUUCCACUACCUGUCCUGCUUUGGUGAGUGAGGUCUGAUGGCUCUCAAACACUGCUGUACCUUGCUGGCUGUCUGUCUAUCCUGCCUUUGAGCUCUCCCUGCAUCUUCAUUAGAGCUCAUCUGUGUACUUCACUUGUACGGUGCAUACACCUCUCAUCCACACACCACUGUAGACUGAUUUCACUGGUUUGUCUUUCCUUAAGUUGUUGACCAGCAGUAAGCAUUUGCUGUAUUUUCCACUUGUGUUUUGCAGCUUUUACUGUGCUGAUAGAGCUACAGUAUACUUUGAGAGAACAACAUUCUUGAUCAGUGGAAUGUGAUACGCUAUCAAGUUGCUUACUUGCUGCACUGACAUUCCAACAAUGAAGGUGAAAAAUACUCUCAAAUGUAAUGGGAAGCUGCUAUUAUGGUUUCUAUAUUUUUAGUUGUCAUUGUAGGCAAAUAACUUGUUACUGAUGAGGCAAUACAUGUGUGUCAUCUGCUGUGCUCUGCUGUAUCAUUGAUAGCUGAGGGAGCUGCUCAUCCAGAGGCAUCUCACUGUAUCCCUUUUACUAAUGAACAGUUUUCUGGAAGCUAUUUAUAUGCUACACGUGCUGGUGGUUGUAUUAUGCACUGGGUUUUUGGAUAAAUUCUGUACAUGCAAACAUGAUCACAGUAAAUCAUACAGAUA